CCCAGGCCCGGCACAGGCACGGCGCGUCCGGAAGCCCCAGCUGUUCCCACAGCAGACCGCGACGGACCCCCGGAGGGAUCCUGGUUAGGGACCGGCAUGUCCUUAACGAGAGGCUUCCUCAAAGCCGAUGCGGCUACCAGCUUUCUGAGAGCAGCAAGAUCGGGUAACUUGGACAAAGCUUUGGAUCACCUGCGGAAUGGCGUAGACAUUAACACCUGUAACCAGAAUGGGCUGAACGGCUUGCACCUGGCCUCUAAAGAAGGCCAUGUGAAGAUGGUGGUUGAACUUCUGCACAAAGAAAUCAUCCUAGAAACGACAACCAAGAAAGGGAACACAGCUCUGCACAUCGCCGCCCUCGCAGGUCAGGAUGAGGUGGUCCGGGAGCUGGUCAACUAUGGCGCCAAUGUCAACGCCCAGUCACAGAAAGGCUUUACACCCUUGUACAUGGCAGCACAAGAGAAUCACUUGGAAGUGGUUAAGUUUUUACUGGAAAAUGGAGCUAAUCAGAAUGUAGCCACAGAAGACGGCUUCACUCCUCUAGCCGUGGCUCUGCAGCAGGGCCAUGAAAACGUGGUGGCACACCUCAUCAACUACGGGACAAAGGGCAAGGUGCGCCUCCCUGCCCUGCACAUCGCAGCCCGUAAUGAUGACACCCGGACAGCUGCGGUGCUUCUGCAGAAUGACCCCAACCCGGACGUGCUUUCCAAGACGGGAUUCACCCCCCUCCACAUCGCAGCUCACUACGAGAACCUCAACGUGGCCCAGCUACUCCUCAACAGGGGCGCCAGUGUCAACUUCACGCCACAGAACGGCAUCACGCCACUGCACAUCGCCUCCCGCAGGGGGAACGUGAUCAUGGUGCGGCUCCUGCUAGACCGCGGGGCCCAGAUAGAAACAAGGACCAAGGAUGAAUUGACACCUCUCCACUGUGCAGCUCGGAAUGGGCACGUGCGAAUCUCAGAGAUCCUGCUGGACCACGGGGCACCCAUCCAAGCUAAAACCAAGAAUGGCCUGUCUCCAAUUCACAUGGCGGCUCAGGGAGACCACCUUGACUGUGUCCGACUUCUGUUGCAAUACAACGCGGAGAUAGACGACAUCACCCUGGACCACCUGACCCCACUCCAUGUGGCAGCCCACUGCGGCCAUCACAGAGUAGCCAAGGUCCUUUUGGAUAAAGGAGCCAAACCAAAUUCCAGAGCCCUGAAUGGCUUUACCCCCUUGCAUAUCGCCUGCAAGAAGAACCACAUCCGUGUCAUGGAGCUGCUGCUGAAGACGGGAGCUUCCAUUGAUGCUGUCACCGAGUCUGGCUUGACACCUCUCCAUGUGGCCUCCUUCAUGGGGCACCUGCCCAUCGUGAAGAACCUCUUGCAGCGGGGGGCAUCACCCAACGUCUCCAACGUGGUAAGCCCACGGGGAGGGCAAGGGUUCUUUCCUCUGGACCGAGAGCUCAGAGAGGAGCUUAGCUAG